CAUUGCCCACUGUUGAUGUUUUGACUCGUUAUUUUUUACGUUUUUCUCAGGCAUUUUUCAGGCCAGACUGUCGUUGGUACACGGAUAAUAUAAAGAGCCUCAAAGGAGUGUUUGCUAUAUUUAUGAAACUCACUGAAGCGUUACAUGCAGUAAACUUCACUUUUCGUUUUCAGCAAUGCACAACAAGAUAACGAGUUGUAAAAAUGGCACAAAACGUUCAUGGCAUUAGCACUACACCAUGAACAGCACGCGCAUUCGUGGUUAAGUUCGUUUAUGGUGAUGACGUCGCCCCGUCUUUCUUCGGCUGCCAGAAACCUCUCUUACGUCAUCAGUACUUUGUAGCUUGUGUAACAUCUGGCCGAUAUUGUUUACCGAAAGACUGAGCGUCUUGGAGUCAACUUGUGAGUUCUUUUCACCACGAUUCGUUGCCAGCCCUACACAGCAACCUGUCGCCGAUGAUGGUACAAUCCUGCUUGAUUUGGUUUGUUUUCUCGUUGGAAAUCCGUGGGAACACGCCAGAAUGAUUGACAGCGUAAGAAUUAAGCAUAACCAGGAUGAUAUACGAGACAUGAAACAUUUUCUGCACCAUCAUGCGAUCCCAUCAUUCGCAACCACGUUUGAAAUCGAGAAUCCAAUCUCUGAACUCGGGAUCCUGACUUUGCCAGGUUUCAGUUCGAAUCUACUUUGGCAGUACGGGCAGUGACCUAGGCACAAACGUGAAUAAUUCUUCAAAAGCAACAAAGGAUGGCUUCUAUCUUGUACAAUGCCUUCUUGUCCGUCGUCGUUGUUGGACUUUGCACCAAUAAAGUUUACAGUAAUUACCCAAUGAAUGUUACGAAUCAACCGAUCCCGACUUACGAGCGCCAUCUACCGCCACAACAACUCGAAUGUAUUGACAUGAUAAUGUCAGAAUCCGAGCUACAUUACCAGCAAUCUGGUUACGAAGAGAUUUGUGGAACUUUCUUUAUCGCGCAACCUGAUCAACUAAUUUCGAUUGAAAUCGAAAACACAACCGCAGAUUGCGAUAAUGGAGAAACUAUUCAGGUUGUUGAUGGUUGGUUGACAAAAGAUAAUUUCUUGCCCGGUAUAUACGAUCAUCAUUUACCAACUCGGAGCCGGAUCUGGGAUUAUUGUGAGAGAAGAGGGGAGGACGGAAGAUUCUCUUUUACAUCUUCACAAAACGUGGCUCUUGUUCAAUUUCGUGUCUUCCCUGGAAGCGAAGUUUCGAUAAAUUUUGGUAAAACAUCGGCAGACCCACGUGAGUGUAUAUUACCGCGGGCCUUGUGCAACAUCGUCUCACCCACGUCAUAUGGAGAUCAUAUAAUGAGAUCCGUCAGAGGGCGCAACUGCACAUUUUCAAUGAUCCAACCCACUCUACUAAUCAUUACAAGAAUUCGAAUCCUUCCAAAUCAGAAAUAUACCAACUCUAGCUUUGUGGUUCCAUAUGUUCAAAUAUUGAAAGGCGAAACUUUCGACUCCAACGAUAUGAACGUGGUGGCCGAAUUUACGAGGCCAACAGUAAGUGACGAAGUUUUGAAAUUCACAUUGUUUGGGAGUCAUGCCGCAGUAAGAAUGACGUCAUACGGUCACCAAGACAACGAGAUCUGGUUUUCAUACAGCAGAAUUUCCGAACCUUCACAAUUCUGACGUUUUGAAAUGUUAAUAUAUUUAUAUUACCUUCGUUUGUUUGGUAAUCUCGCACAAAACGUAGGUUGUGCAUCGUGUGUAAAUAAACGUUAUGGGCCGGUGUGAUUUUCGUGCCAUGUUU